AUGCUGGCCGCUCAACUCAACGAGCUUGGUGUGUCACAGGGCCCAGAGGCCCCGCCAAGGCCGAACAGGCAGCAGAAGGCUGCAUCAUCAACAUCCAAUUCCGGUCAACCUGCAAGCAGCAACGAUCAGAACAAUAAACAAAUGCCACAGUCUUCCAGUAUACUCGAUCAAGCUUUGUCUGUUGAAAGCGACAGUGAUGACGAUCUUGAAGAUGCAGGAGGAAAUAAUGCAAGAAACGACGGUACACUGCUUGCUAGUGAUCCACCGAAACCUCUAAACUUAGUCAGAUGUCAGACGAUCGCGGCACAGCUAACAACAACCGGCGCUCCGAGGUGGAGGAGCAACUUCUAUUGAAGGAGUGGGAUUUCACCCGCUUCUUUCAGGGUUUUAAUGAACGAUUGGAUAAAAUGAAACAAGAACCAUCGCAAGAGACGACAGAGGCGAGCAAGUCUAUUAACGAGAAUCAUCUUUCUUCGUCGUCCACGGAGAAAACAUUAAAGAGGCAGGAACAGUUGUCAUCUCGUAGAAAAUCGAGUAUAUUCUCAAGUGGUAACCGGCGUGGCAGCGAGAUAAGCGUUGCUGGCAUUACUGGGAAGAAAGGAAAUGCCGUCAGUACCGGUGAGCCGGUUCUUACAGACUUUUCGUUCGGUCGUGAUGGUCUUCAAAGGCCUAGAAGGGAAAAAACCGAGAGCGAGAUCGUUUUCGGUAGUAGAUACGAUGCCAGAAAAUUCGACUUUGGACGUGAUAAAGACGACACUACGAGAAGACGCAGUUGUAGACCAUCAGAUGCUGUUUCUGUCACCGUUGACGAAGCAGGAACUAUUAAAUCUACGGCCAGUACAACGGCUAGCGAGUACAGCCCUAUUGUCACCCAGAAUCGGGAAAGUGGUGACCGUUCAAGAGGCGGCGGCAGUGGCAGUGAUUUUCAGAGAUCGGAUUCAUCACCUGGAUCUCGGCCCAGUUCUGUUUUACCGGACCUCCUUACUUCGUCACCAGGUCAACGACAGGACAAAACAACCAGCGAAGAGUAUCGGCAAGCAGUUAAAUCACCGCAACCACUUGCAUUUCAACAGAAGCAGAGAUCUUUUCUGACCUUUGGGUUCGGUGCGGGACCAGCUAGAAGGGAGUCUCAUGUAAAUGUUAACGUAACACCAACGAGUCAUGAUCUAGCUUCUGACACACCUGAGAUACGUAAAUACAAGAAACGAUUCAACAGUGAAAUUCUCUGUGCUGCACUUUGGGGAGUUAAUCUACUAAUUGGCACCGAGAACGGGCUUGUGUUGUUAGAUAGAAGUGGUCAAGGCAAAGUAUAUCAGUUAAUAAGUAGAAGACGAUUUCAACAAAUGGAAGUUCUUGAAGGACAAAAUAUUUUGGUUACAAUUAGCGGGAAAAAGAAUCGAGUACGGGUAUAUUAUCUUUCUUGGCUUAAAAGUAAAAUCUUGCGAACCGAUGGACAUAGCGAUCAAGUUGAACGACGUAAUGGUUGGAUUAAUGUUGGCGAUCUUCAAGGUGCGGUACAUUUUAAAAUAGUCAAAUACGAGAGAAUAAAAUUUCUUGUCAUUGCACUAAAAGAUUCCAUAGAAAUUUACGCCUGGGCACCAAAACCUUAUCAUAAGUUUAUGGCUUUUAAGUCAUUUGGCGAACUAGCGCAUAGACCAUUACUUGUCGAUCUUACUAUAGAGGAAGGUACAAGAUUGAAAGUUAUUUAUGGCAGUGCUGAUGGUUUCCAUGCCGUUGAUUUAGAUUCAGCUACGGUUUAUGAUAUUUAUCUGCCAAAACACACUCAGGGUCCUAUUUGUCCACAUUGCAUCGUGGCAUUGCCAAAUAGUAAUGGCAUGCAGUUAUUGCUUUGUUAUGAUAACGAGGGUGUAUAUGUAAACACUUACGGUAGACUUUCCAAGACCAUGGUCCUUCAAUGGGGCGAAAUGCCUACUAGUGUUGCAUACAUUGGUACCGGACAAAUUAUGGGCUGGGGUAACAAAGCUAUUGAGAUUAGAAGCGUAGAAAGUGGACACCUCGAUGGUGUGUUCAUGCACAAGAAAGCUCAACGGCUCAAGUUCCUUUGCGAGCGUAAUGAUAAGGUACGUAUAUGUAUAUGCAUAUAUAUGUUAUUAUAUAAACAUUGA